AUGGCUAGCCUUGCCAUCGCACCCAACCUCUCGUCCGAGGAGGAAGAAACGCCGACGGCGCCAACAAAAAGGAAGCACAAGCACCUCACCGCCGAACACGAUGUGGACCAGCCGGCUAGCAAAAGCCAGGCCGGAACCGCCACCGGUUCGGAGACGGGGUCGUUUGCUAACUUUUCGGAAAAAUCCGUCCGCAUCAUGCAGCAAAUGGGAUACAAAGCCGGUACCGGUUUGGGCAAGACGGGCCAGGGCCGGGUGGAUCUGAUCGAAACGUCCACGCAAAAGGGACGGAGCGGUUUAGGCAUGAAACUGAAUGAGCUGCAUACGGCCGCCGAACAGUGGGACGGUACGGCGGAAGAGCUACAAAUUCCGGAGGUUUGUACCUGGCUAAGGAACGCAAAAGCAGCAACCGACGACGAUCCAGGCAUUACGCGGGAACAGCUCGACGCAUGGAUCAAGGUAGGCCCCCGGAAGCUGCAAAUCGACGACGAGGACAAAUACUGCGAUACGGCAAUACUGCAGCAAAUACUAGCGAGCAAAUCCGUGUUCGAUAAUCUCGGUGCGGACGAUAUGCGCAAGGCACGCUCGAAAUCGAACCCGUACGAGCUGAUCAAGAGCAACAUCUUCAUCAACCGUGCCGCGGUCAAGAUGGCGAACAUUGAUUCGAUGUUUGACUUUAUGCUCACGAAACCGGUCGACCGACACGGCAAACCGUUGGUGAAGGAAAGCGAUCUGUUCUACUUUGCGGACGUGUGCGCCGGUCCGGGCGGAUUUUCCGAGUACGUGCUGUGGCGGAACGGGUGGCACGCGAAAGGGUUCGGCUUCACGCUGAAGGGUGCGUGCGAUUUUCGGCUGGACGAUUUUACGGCCGGCUCGCCGGAAACGUUCGACGCGUACUACGGACCGAAGGAGGAUGGAAACAUUUUCGAUCCGGCCAACAUCGAGGGUUUCUCCGAGUACGUGAUGACGCAAACGGAAACGGGUGUCCAUCUGAUGAUGGCGGACGGGGGGUUUUCCGUCGAGGGGCAAGAAAAUCAGCAAGAAAUCCUUUCGAAGCAGCUCUACCUAUGUCAGCUAAUUGUUGCGCUUGCGAUCGUGCGCCCGGAAGGACACUUUGUGAUGAAGGUGUUCGAUCUCUUUACACCAUUUAGUGUCGGGCUGAUAUAUCUGGCGUACCGUUGCUUUCGGGAGAUUUCGAUUUGCAAACCGAACAGUAGCCGGCCGGCCAACUCCGAGCGUUAUCUCGUGUGCAAGUGGAAGCUCCCGAAAACGGAUCUGAUCCAGCGUCAUCUGGAGGAUGUCAAUAGACAGAUGUUUAACUGUGGCAAGAAAAAUAUCGACACGCUCGAACUCGUGUCGGAGGAAGUUUUGCGUGAGGAUUCCACCUUUUUCAACUAUAUCCGCAACAGCAACAAUACGAUCGGGGCGAACCAGAUAACGGCACUGCUCAAGAUAGCGGCGUACUGCAAAAACCGCGAUUUGGCCGAAACGCGCCAGAUGGAGGUGAAGCAAAAAUGUCUCGCGUUGUGGAAACUUCCGGACGGCAUACGGAAGUUCGCCAACAAGGGCGAUCCGGACCAGUACGUGCAGAAGCUGUAUAAGGAGUGGAACAACCUAACGAAGGAGGUGUGCCAGGUGGAGAAGAAGCUGCAAAACUCCGAACUCAAGAUGUACUUCCCGUCCGCGUACGACUGGUGCUUUGUGCCGAUCGGGAAUACGGAAAGCAGUGGCAAAAACAUACGCACCAUACUGCUCGGCAAGGGUGGCAAAGAGGUGUACCGGUUCGAUACGAAACAGUGCAGCUGGAUACCGUUGACGGAUGUUGCAAUCGAGCUGCCGCACGGGACGAUCAUUUACGCGGAGAUUGUACGGGAGCUGCAGGGUGAGGGCAAAUCGCAGAUCGUCAUCAACACGCUGCACAUCAUCGACGGACUAAUCUUGGGUGGGGAAAACAUACGGAAGCUACCGUUACGCCAGCGGAUGGCACGGUGUCAACAGUUUGCCAAGGCGCUCAACAAACCGCUCAAGGGUAUGACCGGGGACAGCACGAACGGGAGUGCCGUAACGGUGCAGAUCCGUGCGAAGAAGCUGUACAAUCUGUUCGAACUAGAGAACGUGUUUUUUAAAUCGUUGGAAACGUACAAGCUAAAGACGGGACCGCCACGGUUAGGGUACCGGUUGCGAAACGUGAUCGAUGAGGAUCGUUUCUAUGUGCCGCACGGUUUGCUGUUUCUGAAGGAGAUUAAGCCGGACUAUCUGAAAUCGUUGUCCACCAAGCAUAACAUGUUUUACUACUUUCACGUGAAAACCAAGCUGUCCCGAUACCCGGAACAGUUUGACAAUUACGAGGCGGAAACGAUGGCCAUGUUUGAGGAAACAUUUCAUUCGCGUUUGCUGUGGAAGUGGGAGAUUGUGUACCAGGUUGAUCCGCAGGUGACCGAGGCCCGCUCGUCGGACGCAGUGUACCGGGUGGACUUUAAGCAGUAUCUGGAAAAAAAUUACGGCCAGAGCGUCAAUUGA